AUGGGAAAGUCACAAAAGCAACGCCAGAUGCGGCGCCAUAAUCCUAUGCGGGUCCCGGACUCGCAUCUACCAAAAGGGCUAGACUCUGCAACUGCGUCGUCCUCUAAGAAAGAAGCAAUUCUGCCUAUCAUUCAGAAGAUGGAAAGUCUCGAUGCGUCUGAGCGGAAAUGGGCUUGUGUCGCUGUCUCCAAUCUCAUUCAAAACGAUCCUUCGACAAGGAGGUUGUUGCAAGGCAAAAAUGUCGUAGGCGCGUUGAUCACGCGCCUCACAGACAGUGAGGAGGAAGUGGUCAUUGAAGCAGCGGGUGCAUUGCGCAAUUUGUGCAUAGACGGUGGCUUCGACAUUUGUGCAGAGAUGUACAACAAAAAUAUACUCGCGCCUCUUAUGACGUUCAUUCCCAAGAUCUCGGGGACACUGUCUCAAUUCCUGUCCUCUCCCAAGAAUGCCCCCGAGAACGCACAAAGGGUCGUCUACGAUUUUGCUGACAAUGUCAUUACCAUAUUGUGGUGCCUGUCAGAGACUUCGAACAAAGCCAUGAAUUCCAUCAAUCAAAUACCUUUGAUACCCUUCCUGAUGUCAUUCCUCGCGUCAAGAGACAAGUUGCCUGUGUUGACAGUGACGUCUGCAGCCCAAUGUCUAUAUGUCUUGACAGACGAGAACGUGCCUAUGAUUCAAGAACUGCGAUCGAACGCAGCGUAUACCGCUUGCCUUCUAUCUGUCGUGCAGAGCGAUGAGCCAAUACCUCAUGUGAAUGGCAAAAACAAAGCGGUGCCCGACGAUCGAGCGCUGACAUUCCGCGUAUUAUGCUGUGGUGUAAUGAGAAAUAUCUCACCAAUCCCUCCACCUUCUGUUGCGGCAACAGUGGACCUCGACCGCGAUAUCAUUUUACCUACACUAGAACCAGUGCUAUCGCUAGUGUCACUACCAGACGCGGCGCAGCUCGCCAAGGAGCUCAUAGCACAAGAGGACUCCAUCCCGCAGCUGGAGAGGCUGUCGCUGAAAAACAAACCAAAAACUGACCACAAAACACCCUCCGAAUUGGAGCUCGAGCGCUUGGAAACGAAAUUGCGCACUGUUCAGUUGGCAUUAGAAAUCCUCACCGGGCUCUGCGCGACUUUGCCGGACCCCGAGGCCCCUGUUCCAGAUGAAGGCGCAGCGGGCGGCAAUGACGAAGAUGAGGAUGAAGAUAUGGAAGGAGAACCCGACAUCGACAUGGCGCUUGAACAGGAAUCAUCCACUAAUCAGGCCGCACCCACCAAGCCAACAUUCUUCCGGAGUCUGAUAUCUCCUCUGCUAGCGCUUAUUCAACCAACGAUUCUAUCCUUCUCCCCUCCUGACGGCCCAUCGCCUCAUCCACCAACCACAUCCGCGCUCAGCGCCAUCCACAUAAGCGCGUUCGAAUGUCUCAACAACACGUUCUUGUCCCUGCGGCACGCAUCGUCGUCCAGCGGGAGUUACAUCCCUAAUUCUGACGCCGACAGUGUUAACAAGAUCUGGAACGAAAUCUGGCGUGCGCUCGGUGUCGUGGGCACGGAUGUCGACAUACCCGGGCAGGAGCGGCGAAAACAAAUGUGGGAGAUCGGGGUCGGUGUACUCUGGGGCGUGGCGAAUAUGUGGAAGGGCGCUCUCGUGCCAGACGAAACACAAGUGCAGGUCCUGAUGCAGCUCUGCAACGCUACAACGGAUCAUAGCGUCAAGGUAAAAUGCAUUGGCACGCUGGAGUGUUUGGCGCAGCACCCAGAGUCUGUCGACGCUAACAGGGUGAUUGCGAAUUACCUGCUUUCCUUGCUCCCCCCUUCAGCCGCUAAUCCGACACCUACGGAGCCUCUUCUGCAAGCGGUUUCGGCGCUUAUUGACAUAUACUCAGACGAGGGCCUGCCGUACGACAUCAAUUUCCGACAAGGCCGAUACCUUGAGGUCCUUAUCGCAAGCGUCGAAGGCGUGCGGAAGGCGGUGCGUGGUAUUGACAAGAAGAGAGAGCGAGAGCUCAGGGUGCGGGGCGAAGAAGUACGGGAUAACCUCAUCGCCUUCAUCCAAUAUCGAAGGGGUCUAGGCGUUUGAGUUUGAAUUCACUGCGUCUUUGAGCCGAAGCUAGCAAUAUGUUGUAGCGUCCGGCAGAGAUGUGUAAUACAGCGCCAUACCCCCAUCGUUGGGCGGCUUUUCCAUCUGUAUCAAUCUCGCGUAGGAUAGCGGUUUACAGUCAUGUCAUCUAUGUCCUUGGCAGAACCUGGUAUCUGCCACGGUGAUUGUCGU